AUGUGGAAACCGUCAUUACACCUUCAUAGAGCCAGGUCUCGGCCUCUCAUCGCUCGCUCCUUCUGCAAUCGCUACGCGCGCCAUCGCAUUCGCUGCGUCGCGUUAGAAUGCCCCGCCCAGCUUCAGCGCCGUUGCUUCCACGAGUACUUUAUUACCCACCUGCCGUCGACUUCGCUACAUCCCGACUCACGAAUAUCCGGCGGCCCGCAUCACAAGCUACCGCGAGACAAGAGCACGCCUCACGAGCCGCGAGGCACGCACCGCUCGCCCGCGGCGGCUCCUCCCAUGGUGGGAGCGUCGCGGGAGAUGACCGUGGUGAGGAUACCGCUGAGGAGCGCGAAGCACCAUUUCGGGGUAUCUGUGUCGCGAGGAACGCGACCCUAUAAUGAAGACUCGUUCCAGGCCGGGACAGUCGAGGUGCCCGCUUUCGCAAAGAGGCGUCCCAUGUCUUUGCAGCGCAGCGCAAGCGGCGGCAUGACGAGCGAGCUCACACCAGCCGGCAGUGCAAGCGGUGACCCCCAGGUCUUCUACUUUGGUGUGUUCGAUGGACACGGCGGGAGUGACUGUGCCGAUUUUCUACGGGAGGAGCUGCACAACUACGUCGAGGAUGCGAUGAAGCUGUUUGAGCUGGAGAGCAGCCUCGCAAGGAAGGGCACCAUCAAAGGCUGGCCGAACAGCACGGGGACUUCGGAUGAUAGACCUCCGGAAAAAGCAUCAGAGGCUUCCGGAAAGGAGAGUUUGAACGCGAUCGAGACACACAAACCGCCCGGUUUGGAACCGCUCAAGCCACCGGAACCAGGCACACAAGCGCCAGCAAAUGGCGCAAAUGGCAAAGAAGAGCUCAUCGACAGUGCUCCACCCGUGAAGCAAUCGAACAGCGUCUCAAGAGCAGAAGAAUUGGAACGGACCCUGGUCAAAGACUGGAAAGAGCUGGUUGGAGGAUACUUUCGGCGAUUCAAGCCGGAGUACUUCUCAAGAGCGGCCGGUGGACAAGGACAUCAGACAGAGAAAGAUGUCCUUGCAAAACGGAACAGUUUCGGAGACAUCCCGGACAAAGUCAGGGAUGGAUUAGGUAUCGAGACUGUGCUGGAAUAUGCAUUUCUCAAGGCCGAUUACGAUUUCGUGUCGGCACAAGUUAGCAAGCAAGACGAAGACCCCGUUCGAGCUGACAAGGCUAUCAACGACAAUGAUAUUUUGGGGCACCCGUCGCGGACAGACAAGAGCAUCGGCGGUCCGAAGCGUUUCAAGGGCGGAAGCACCUGUAGCAUCGUACUCAUCUCGACGCCUACACCCUCACCGUUCUGGCACCCUUCGUCUCCGUCUUCCCUAAUCACGGCACAUGUGGGCGACACUAGGAUCCUACUCUGUGACACUGCAACCGGCCAGGCUGUCCCGCUCACAUCCAACCACCAUCCGUCUCUCCCCGAAGAAGCCACCCGACUCCGUCGCUACGCUGCAACCUUUGUGACCGACUCCUUCGGCGAAGAACGCAUGUCCGGUCUCGCGAACACGCGUGCCUUUGGCGACAUGGCGUCCAAGCGUAUGGGUGUGUCAGCUGAACCUGAGAUCCGCCGCGUCGAGCUGUCGCCUGCAGAAUACUCAUUCCUGGUCCUCUGCUCGGACGGCAUAUCAGGACAUCUAAGCGAUCAGGAGAUUGUAGACAUUGUCAAGGAGGCGAAGACACCGGAGCAGGCAGCUAGGGAUGUCACCAACUUUGCGACCGAGGUCAAGAGCGACAGUGACAAUGCGACUACGUUGGUUGUCAGACUAGGCGGUUGGGAGAGGAGGAGUGAAGGGGGCUUGGGCAGUUUGGGAACGAAGGAGAUGCGGGACUGGAGGAGACGCGAGAGCAUGGAUCCUAGGAGGGGCAGGACGUAG